GUUGUUGGUGGGUUUCCACUCUGCAGUAUACGCAUCUCAGUAUAAAGUACUUCGACCCGUCUGGCUAAUUGGAAAUCCGUUCGUACAGUCCAGUCGUUCCCAAUUCACAAAUAAUAUCAUCUUGGCUCAUUUCCUUCAAACUUUCUCUCACGAAAACACAAACUCUCCUUGGCUAGGCCGAAAGACGAACAUUCAAACACAAGAUGCAGUUCAGCUACUUACUUGCCAUGCUGCCAAUGGCCCUUGCUGCCGCCGUUGCCCCGACGGAGGCGUCUAAGGGAAUCGUCUUUGUGGGACCCUAUAGUAUUAAUGCUACAGCUGACGAGGCCGCCGAGAUUGUGAAGCGCGACGGAUGCGGUUCGGCACGAGACCUCAUCGACAGAGGCGACAUUGAAUUUCUCAAAAAUGGCCUGCAGAACGAUGACCCCUGGAGCGUUAUAGCUGUUCCUCGCCUCAAGGGUAUCGGUUGGUACUACGGCACCGCAAUGGUGUGCGUCCGCAACCCGUACGUAUUUGUGGAUACCUAUGUAUCGAGGUGGGAAGCCGGCUGGGCCAUCGACUACAUCAGCAAGAUGUGUUGCUCGAACUCCGGUACAUCAAGCGGGUGCCAAGGUGGGGACUGCCUUGCCUCCGGUACGGACGGACUGACCCUACGUGUCUGGCUACAAACACCACAAGACUCGUGUCUUAGUUAAGGCAGGUGGACCUGGAAAUGAACGAGUAGCAGACAGGGUUGAGGACCCAGUGAUGCUAAACCAGGGCUUUUGCUUUAGCAGAUGUGUCUUGGAAUAAGGCGUGGUGACUGGGUUUUAGGCUGCUGAUUUGGCGGUUCGGUGAUGAUAUUCGAGCUUAGGACUGCUCAGCCCAGUUCAAGUUAUGGCCCAGGACAGGUAGACCUG